AAUAAUAUUGAUAAUAAUAAUGAUCAAUCAUCUGAAUCUGAAUCCGAACAAAUUGAUUAUGUAACACCACAAAUUGAUGAACAAUAUCUUUAUGAAUCAUUUGAUAAUCAAGAAAAAUUUCAACAACGUUGGCAUAAAUCUGUUGCACAUAAAGCCGAUUCAUCUGAUCUUAAAUAUGAUGGUGAAUGGGACCUAGUACGUACACAGGAUCUACUUAAAGAUGAUUUAGCCCUUAUAACGAAAAGUAAGGCCCGACAUCAUGCAUAUUCGGUAAAAUUGGAUAAAAUUUAUAAAUUCAAUUCGAAACCAUUCAUUUUACAAUAUGAAGCUCAAUUUCGUAAUGGACAAGAAUGUGGUGGUGCUUAUUUAAAAUUAUUGGCUGCACCAUCCGGUAAUUUAGAAGAUUUAAAUGAUAAAACAAGAUAUUCAAUAAUGUUUGGUCCGGAUAAAUGUGGUAAUGAUAUGAAAUUACAUUUUAUUUUUAAUCAUAUAAAUCCACGUAAUGGUACUAUUACGGAAAAACAUUGGUCAAAAGCAAAUAGUGUUACUAAUAUGGAUGAGGUAUUCAAAGAUAAUCGUUGGCAUCAAUUUCGUUUAGAAUUAUAUCCGGAUAAUACUUUUCAAGUUUCUGUUGAUAAACAUUAUGCUCAAAAAGGUUCAUUAUUGGAAGAUUUUAAACCACCUGUAAAUCCACCAAAAACUAUUGAUGAUCCAAAUGAUUCAAAACCAGAAGAUUGGGAUGAACGUGAAAAAAUUCCGGAUCCAGAUGCAGUGAAACCAGAUGAUUGGGAUGAAAAUGAACCAAGAAAAAUUACCGAUCCAAAUGCUGUCAAACCAGAUGAUUGGAAUGAAGAUGAACCAGAAAUGAUAUCGGAUCCUGAAGCAAAAAAACCCGAUGAUUGGGAUCAAGAAAUGGAUGGUGAUUGGGAAGCACCAUUAAUACCGAAUCCAAAAUGUUCAUCAUUAGCCGGUUGUGGUAAAUGGUCAGCACCAUUAAUUGAUAAUCCUAAAUAUAAAGGCAAAUGGAAAGCACCAAUGAUUGCUAAUCCUGCCUAUAAAGGAAAAUGGGUGCCUAAAAAAAUACCAAAUCCAGAUUUUUAUGAAGAUCUUAAUCCAUUCAAAACAAUGUCACCUAUUGAUGCUGUUGCAUUUGAAUUAUGGACAAUUUCGGAUAAUAUUGCCUUUGAUAAUAUUUUAAUUACUGAUGAUUUGGAUAUAGCCAAUUAUAUAUCAUCAUUAACUUAUCAGAUUAAAAAAGAAAUAAGCGAUGAAAAAACUGAUAAUAUAAUGGUAAAAGCAAUGAAAUAUGCAAAUAAAAAUCCAUGGAUGUGGGCAGUUUAUUUAUUUGUAAUCGGUAUACCAUUGGUAUUAUUUAUUGCAUUCUGUUGUGUAUCACCGGUGAAAAAACCAGCUGAAACUGCUCAACAACAACAACAAGAACAGGAAUAUGAUCCAGCAUAUAGUAAAAAAACUGAUCAACCACAACCGGAUUAUGUAGAUGAGCCGCAAGCAACAACAUCGAUCAAUAAAAUUGAUGAAGAGGAAGAGGAAGAAGACGAUGACGAAGCAAAUAAUGAUGGUGAUGAACAUCAACAUGAUGAUGUCGAUGAUGAAGAAGAGGAAGAAGAAAUUGAAGAAGAUGAAGAACAAGAAGAAGAUGAUAAUGAAGGUGAUGAUGAACCAGAACCUGAACCAGAAAUAAAAUUACGUUCAUCACCACGUCAACGACGACCACGUAAAGAAUGAGAAUAUGUGGAUCCAUGUGGCAAAGGAAUGUUUGGUUUGGAGAAAUUUUUUAUUCUCCUGUUUUGGUCACACCAACUUUAUAUUGAAAAAAAAAUACAGACAUCAUU